AUUUACCAAGGAUACUAUCAAAAAGGGAUAUAGUACAAAACACUGGAAAACAUGAAAGCUGGAAAUUGAAGCUACUCUCUGUUUCUCUACGGCUCUACUCAUAAGCUCUGAGCAAAUUCUUCUCCGUGUGAUCUUCUGUCUCCCCAAAGACUCUCCCUUUUUUGCAUAACUCCACUCCCAUUGAGAAGGAAAGAGGAUAGAAACAAACACCUUUCUGAUCCUUCGUAGAAUUUUCUUUUUGUGUGUAGUUAUUGGAAUUCUCGAUUCUCCGGCAGAACCCUUUGCCCCACCAAAUCUACUUUCGGAGUAUCGUAUCGAAGCGUUGGGAAUGGCGGCUGCUUUCUGAGAUAUCAGUGGUGCUCUGAGGACUAAUCUUUGGUGCUUUCAUGGGUGAUCUUAGAGGGCCUUUCGCCAGCGCAGCAGGGAAGGAGGGGCCGGCGUCGUCUUCGCCCUCGGCGGCGAACCCAGACCCGUCUUCUAUCGGGCCAGAACGAUGGGCCGGGGCUGAGAAAUUGACCCGGGAUAUCAUUCAGAAUGUCCAGCCGACAACUGAGUCUGAAGAGCGGAGAAAAGCGCUCACCAAUUAUAUUCAGAGGUUGAUCAGAGAUUCAAUUCACUGUGAGGUAUUUCCAUAUGGAUCGGUACCUCUAAAAACCUUUCUUCCUGAUGGCGACAUUGAUUUGACUGCCUUUGGUGCUCCCAUGCUGGAAGAUGGGUUGGCAAAUGACAUAGUAUACAUUCUUGAAAGAGAGCACCGAAAUAAGGCUGCUGAGUUCACAGUAGACGAUGUCCAACUCAUUUCUGCCGAGGUCAAGAUUGUGAAAUGUAUAGUACAAAAUAUUGUCGUUGACAUCUCCUUCAAUCAAAUCGGCGGUCUUUGCUCUUUGUGCUUUCUUGAGAAGGUCGAUCACAUAGUUGGGAAAGACCAUUUAUUUAAGCGCAGCAUUAUAUUGAUAAAAGCGUGGUGCUAUUAUGAAAGCCGUAUCCUCGGUUCUCAUCACGGCUUGAUAUCUACUUACGCUUUGGAGACUCUGGUUCUAUACAUCUUUCAUCUAUUUCACUCUUCUCUAGAUGGUCCCUUAGCAGUUCUGUACAAAUUUUUGGAUUAUUUUAGCAAGUUUGACUGGGAGAAUUAUUGUGUUAGUUUAAACGGUCCAGUCCGCGUAUCAUCUUUACCUGAUAUUGUGGCCGAGGCACCUGAAAAUGGCGGUGGUGAUUUUCUGUUGAGUAAUGAUUUUAUUGGAUAUUGUGUCAGCAAGUUUUCGGUUCCUUCCAGAGGCUUUGAAAUGAACUCCCGGACCUUCCAACAAAAGCACCUUAAUAUUGUUGAUCCUCUCAAAGAAAAUAAUAAUCUUGGGCGUAGUGUCAGUAAAGGAAAUUUCUACCGAAUACAGAGUGCUUUCACAUUUGGGGCUCGGAAACUGGGGAGAAUUCUUCUGCAGCCGAAGGAGAACAUUGCUGAUGAACUUAAUAAAUUUUUUUCUAAUACUCUGCACCGUCAUGAAAGUGCACCGAGGCUUGGUGUUGAAGAUCUCGGUCCAGCAGUGGGCCCCGAUAGUUUCUUUCCAUCACGUCCUGUUUCGGGGAGUGAUUCAUCCGGAAUGGAGGAUGUCAGUUGUAAAAUGAAAUCCAGUUGUCUUGCUGAUUCUACUGGAGAUUGUAAGGUUAAGCCCAAUGGAAUAGCGGGUAAGCCAUUUUUUGCACCACAUCUCUGCUUUACUAAAUCGGGAAGCAAUGGGGAGAUGAAAAGGGAAAGCUCGGAGGAAAAGCCGGCAGAGAGGCAUGGAUGUAACGAAGGAAAGGGUUCGGAGCAGAACCUUUUGAAUGAUAAAAACGAGGCGUUGACCACUCAAAGCUCACGGCCCUUGAAGGGUUUGUCAGAUCUCAGCGGGGACUAUGACCAUUACUUUCGUUGUAUGCAAUAUGGUUGGCGGUGCUAUGAAUAUCUGUCGGCAUUACCUAUACCUCCGCCGCCGCCACCCCCACCGUUUCACGUCAAGAAUCUGUCAGGUCCGGUUUGGCCGCCAUCACAGUUGAUACCGAAUGGUUUUUCUCAGGGGAGUCCUAACGGCUUCAUUCCUAGUCAGUUGUUCUACCCCACAAACCCCCGGUUACUACCCACCGCUGCAUUUGGCUUCGAAGAGAUGCUAAAGCCACGAGGAACCGGAACAUAUUUCCCAAACAUGAAUCAACCUCCUCACGGUUAUAGGUAUCCAAAGGGAAGGAUUAGGGCACCGUUGAGUUCUCCAAGAACCAACGGGAGGAAACCGACUUUCACAGACACAUACACGCUCGACAGUAACUACCAUGAGAUGCCACACUCUCGCCCCGCUUUUGCUCACAGCGAGGUCCAUUUCGCCAUUGAUCAGAGAGAGGUGAACCAAUCGUUUUCUCCUCGGGACAAGGUGCACCCUAACCUAAAUGCUCCAUGGAUGACAGACUUCCCACCUGACGCAUAGUUCUCGUAAAGCCUGCAUCCUUGCCUUGUCAAUAGUCAAUAGUAUGGUUGCAGCAAUCAAAACCGGUGUUUACGAGGAACCCUGAUAUAGGUACGACAACCUAUGAUCACAAGUUGUAUAACAUCUGCCAUGGAUUGUGAAUAUCCCAGAACCAGUUAGAACAGGAAGAUUUUAGUACUUAGUACUAAUCCGUUUUCAGUUUAGCUGUAAGUUACAGUCUGUACCAUACAUUUUGCGUCAGCCUUUGAUGAUUCUUUCAUUUUGUAACAUUACAACGUUGUUGUUGGAUGAAACAAAACAGGCUGAAAUGUCAGGUAACUGAAAUAGCGAUAUACAGUAAUACUUUUUUAUAGUG